ACCAUGACUGUUUUGUUCUCUGUUUGUUUUUUUUACUCCCUCUUCUUAUUUCGUCUUCGAGGCCAGACCAGUCUCUGCUAAGGAAAGUGGAAAUCCUUCUAGCGAAGGGAAAGGGGUCUGGAAAGCGGUUUUGAGUUAUCGUCAUGGUGAGGAAGAGGAGAACUGAACUUCCUAGCAGCAGUGGGGAGAGCUCAGAAUCCCAAGAUGCUGGUGCUGGCCGUGGUGCUCAGCGCCCAACAGAGAGAGCUCCUCCAGCUCAACAAGGAGGUGGGGGAAGGGGCCCAGCCCAAUCUCAACAACAACCUCAGCAAGGAGGUCGGGGAGGAUAUGGAGGUGGAUAUCCUCCCCAGGGACGUGGUGGGUCCCAGCCAAGGGGUGGAAUGGCACCUCAACAGUAUGAUGUCCCCCCUGAACAUCAGGGUCGGGGAGGCCAGCCACGUGGAAUGCCACCUCAACAGCCUAUGGAAGCUCCCCUUGAAUCUGCAGGGAGGCGCCGAGGUGGUGGCAGUAUGGUUGGUGGUCGUGGGGGAGGGCCUACUUCUGGUGGCCCACCUAGGCCACCAGUUCCCGAGCUGCACCAAGCAACCCAGGCUCAGUAUCAAGCAAUGGUGAGCCCUCAACCGGUACAAUCUGGGAAACCACCCCAGUCAUCCUCUCAAGCCAGUUCUUCGCAACAGCCACCCGAGUCGAGCACUGGACUGGUGACACAGCAAUUUGAGAAGCUUUCUAUACAACCUGAAGGGGAACCAACACAGGCAAUUCAACCUAUUGCCCCGUCCAGCAAAUCUAUGAGGUUUCCACUCCGCCCUGGUAAGGGCAGCACUGGGACGAAGUGUAUAGUCAAGGCGAACCAUUUCUUUGCUGAGCUUCCAGAUAAGGAUCUGCACCAAUAUGAUGUUUCAAUUACACCGGAAGUUACUUCACGGGGUGUGAACCGGGCUGUGAUGGAGCAGCUAGUGAAAUUGUAUAGAGAAUCACACUUGGGAAGGAGACUUCCUGCUUAUGAUGGGAGGAAGAGCCUUUAUACUGCUGGACCUUUACCUUUUACUUCAAGAGAGUUUUCAAUAACUUUGGUUGAUGAGGAUGAUGGCACGGGUGCUCCCAGGAGGGAGCGGGUGUUCAGAGUUGUCAUCAAAAUGGCUGCUCGUGCUGACCUUCAUCAUUUAGGUUUGUUUCUGCAGGGGAGGCAGGCAGAUGCACCCCAAGAAGCUCUUCAGGUCCUUGACAUUGUUCUCCGUGAACUGCCUACUGCAAGGUAUUCCCCUGUUGGCAGAUCAUUUUAUUCCCCAGAUUUAGGAAGAAGGCAGCCACUUGGUGAGGGAUUAGAAAGUUGGCGUGGUUUUUAUCAGAGUAUACGGCCUACUCAGAUGGGUCUCUCGCUGAAUAUAGAUAUGUCUUCCACUGCUUUCAUUGAGCCGCUGCCAGUCAUUGACUUUGUAAAUCAGUUAUUGAACCGGGAUGUUAUUGCUAGGCCAUUAUCUGAUGCUGAUCGUGUAAAGAUCAAGAAAGCUCUCAGAGGUGUGAAGGUUGAAGUUACUCAUAGGGGAAAUAUGCGCAGAAAAUACCGUAUAUCUGGUUUAACUUCGCAAGCAACAAGAGAGCUAACCUUCCCUGUUGAUGAUAGAGGAACAAUGAAGUCUGUAGUCCAAUAUUUCCAGGAGACAUAUGGGUUUGUUAUUCAGCAUACACAGUGGCCAUGUUUGCAAGUUGGUAACCAGCAGAGGCCAAAUUAUCUCCCAAUGGAGGUCUGCAAGAUUGUAGAAGGGCAGAGAUACUCAAAGAGGUUAAAUGAAAGGCAGAUUACUGCUCUGCUGAAAGUGACUUGUCAGCGUCCUCGUGAACGAGAACUAGAUAUUAUGCAGACGGUUCAUCACAAUGCUUAUCAUGAGGAUCCUUAUGCAAAAGAGUUUGGGAUCAAGAUUAGUGAGAAACUUGCCCAAGUUGAAGCACGUAUUCUGCCUCCACCAUGGCUUAAAUACCAUGACACAGGAAGGGAGAGGGAUUGCCUUCCGCAGGUUGGCCAAUGGAAUAUGAUGAAUAAGAAAAUGGUUAAUGGAGGAACCGUGAACAAUUGGAUAUGUAUAAACUUCUCACGCAAUGUGCAAGAAAGUGUUGCCCGUGGGUUUUGUCAUGAGCUUGCUCAAAUGUGCCACAUUUCUGGGAUGGUGUUUACACCUGAACCAGUUGUGCCACCCUACAGUGCUCGUCCUGAUCAGGUAGAGAGAGCCUUGAAGACUAGGUAUCAUGAUGCCAUGACAAAACUCCAGCCACUGGGAAAAGAACUUGACUUGUUGAUUGUUAUUUUGCCUGAUAAUAAUGGUUCUCUGUAUGGUGAUCUGAAGCGAAUCUGUGAGACCGAUCUUGGACUUGUUUCCCAGUGUUGCUUGACUAAGCAUGUAUUUAAGAUGAGCAAGCAAUACCUGGCAAAUGUUGCUUUAAAGAUAAAUGUCAAGGUUGGGGGAAGAAAUACUGUGCUUAUUGAUGCACUGUCGAGGCGUAUACCUCUGGUCAGUGACCGGCCGACCAUCAUCUUUGGUGCAGAUGUGACACAUCCCCAUCCUGGCGAGGACUCUAGCCCGUCCAUCGCAGCGGUUGUAGCUUCUCAAGAUUGGCCAGAAAUUACAAAGUAUGCAGGUCUAGUUAGUGCUCAAGCUCAUCGCCAGGAAUUGAUUCAAGAUUUGUUUAAAGUCUGGCAAGAUCCUGUUAGAGGAAUGGUGUCUGGUGGCAUGAUCAAGGAACUUUUAAUUUCUUUCCGCAGAGCAACCGGACAGAAACCUCAGCGGAUAAUUUUCUAUAGAGAUGGGGUGAGUGAAGGCCAAUUCUAUCAAGUCUUGCUGUAUGAACUGGAUGCAAUCCGGAAGGCAUGUGCCUCUUUGGAGCCGAAUUAUCAGCCUCCUGUAACUUUUGUUGUUGUUCAAAAACGUCACCAUACCAGGUUGUUUGCUAACAACCAUCAUGAUCGAAAUGCUGUUGACAGGAGUGGGAACAUUUUACCUGGUACUGUUGUUGACUCCAAGAUUUGCCACCCGACCGAGUUUGACUUCUACUUGUGCAGCCAUGCUGGUAUCCAGGGAACAAGCCGUCCAGCUCAUUAUCACGUCCUUUGGGAUGAGAACAAGUUCACGGCUGAUGGUCUGCAGUCUCUCACAAACAACCUGUGUUACACAUAUGCGAGGUGCACCCGUUCUGUGUCCAUUGUUCCGCCGGCAUAUUAUGCACAUCUGGCUGCAUUCCGAGCACGUUUCUAUAUGGAACCAGAGACGUCAGAUAGUGGGUCAAUGACAAGUGGUGCAGCGGCAGCUCGUGCAGGUGCUGGAAGUGGUGGCCGUAGCACACGAAUCACAGGUGCUAAUGCUGCCGUCCGACCACUCCCUGCCCUCAAGGACAAUGUGAAGAGGGUUAUGUUCUAUUGCUAGAUAUGAUGUUGAUGAUGGUGAUGCCCUUAACCAUGUUUUGUUGAAGAGACUAAUUUC